AUGAUCAACCAUUCAAGAUCUCCAUGGGCAUCGCCGAUCGUCGUGAUCAUCGAGAAGAAUGUGCCGGCGGAUAAUUGGGAUCAGCUAUGCGACCGUGUCGAAGAUCUGCUGGAGGCGUGCGACAAAUGGAACUUGUCGAUCAGCGUUGUCAAGAGCUUCUGGGGCAUGCCCAAGGUGGAAUAUCUCGGUCACAAGGUAUCGCACGAUGGACUGGAGGCGAAUCCGAAGGAUCUGUCGGCGCUGACGGAUCUCGAGUUUCCCGGAUCCCUGCGUGCCAUGCAAUCCUUUUUGGGCAGCCUCAACUAUUACACUCGCCUCAUCGAAGAUUACGCGCUUUACGCGUCUGUGCUGUAUGAGUUGAGGGAGAUCGACUAUGCUGCGAUGGAGAAGGGCAUGAAUCGGAGCCGGAUCCAGCUAGCACUAGCAUCGGAAUCUCCGGAUCCAGACAUAGUGACCAAGGAUCCGACGAGUCCGCAAAGUUUGGAUCCGAGCCCGCGGGGUCCGGAUCCCGAACUUAGUGAUCAAGAUCCGGACCUAGCAGCACGGGAUCCGGCGCUUGCCUGUGUGAAGACGGCCAACCCCGAGAAUGACGAUCUUGCGGAUCUGGAUCCCAGGUGGAUCCAUGCUCACCGAUCCUUCAAGGUGCUAAAGGAGAAGAUCGCGAAGACACCGAUCUUCCGUCGAUCCGGAUCGACAAGCUGUGGUGGUGGUAUAUGCCAGUGA